AUGUCUCCUCCUCCACCUUGGUCGAUCAUCAGCUUGGUUGCUUUCAUCUUAUUACGGUUGUUGUUCAUCGAUCUGACCACAGCGUACACAUGUUACUCGGGGGCAGCAGCUGAUGAUACAGAUAGAUCUUCUUCUUCUUCUUCCUGUCCCCCUUUCACUUCUUCUCCUUCGUUCCCUUUCGCUUCCUCUCCCGGUUGCGGCCAUCCUUCGUUUCAGAUCCGCUGUUCCUCUCCUCACUCCUUUAUUUCCAUCAACAACUUGUCUUUUGCUCUACUUAGCCACGAACCCAACUCUACCUCUCUCCUACUCUCUCCUCAACCCUCUCUCAUCACCAAUGUAACUGAAUCUUCUUGCCCUAAUUCCGUUACAACGGGUUUUUUCAAUUCCAUCAUCCCUGAUCGAUCUAUCAAUCUCUCCGGUUCCCCUUUUCGAUUCUCCGACGCUUCUUGCUCCCGUCUCUUUUUACUUCGACCCUGCGAACCCCUCUCUCUCCCUAAUUGUAGCCAAUGUCCUUGGGAAUGCGAGAUACACAACAACCCAGUUCGGCUGCUGUCGGGCUGCGGCGCAAAGCUUCACAAUGUCUCAGAGCAGCGUUGUCAGGAAGACGUAUUAGGCUACCUUCGUAGUUUCCUCAAGUAUGGAAUCCAGAUGGAGUGGGACGAAAAUGACGACCCUUACUUCUCCAGCUGUGAAGGUUGCCAAGCCCAGAACGGGGUUUGCGGUUUCAAUUAUUCCGACCCUCGGAAGCCAUUUCUCUGCUUUCACUCCCAGACGCAGUUCCCGCCGCCAUGGAUUCAUCGUAACAACCAGAAUCGGAUCGUUCUCUUCUGCACCCUUUUCAUGUUUAUCUGCCUGUUUAUUGUGGUAGGGGUGGCGACGUUGAUCUAUCGCUUCAAAGCGCUGGAAUCGCAGAAAUCGGAAGAAGAUCCCACGACUCUGUUCCUGCAUCGUCACAGGUCGGCGAAUCUCCUCCCGCCCGUCUUCACCUACGGAGAUCUCGAAGCGUCGACGAAUCGUUUCGACCCAAGGAACAAACUAGGCGACGGUGGUUUUGGGUCGGUUUACAUCGGCCAACUCUCCGAUGGGCAGAUCGUCGCCGUGAAGAAGCUCCACAGACAACAAGCGAUGGCUGCGGCGGCAUCGACCAAGGCAUUCUGCAACGAGAUCUUGAUACUGUCAUCGAUAGACCACCCUAACCUGGUGAAGCUCCACGGGUACUGUAGCGAUCCAAGAGGGUUGGUGCUCGUAUACGACUACGUGCCAAACGGAACCCUAGCCGACCAUCUCCACGGGUCGAAGAGCUUGGAAAAGAAGAGGUCAUUGACAUGGCAGGUGAGAGUAGAGGUGGCGUUGCAGACAGCGAUGGCAUUGGAGUACCUUCACUUCUCCGUGGAGCCGGCAAUCGUUCAUAGGGACAUAACAUCGUCGAACAUAUUCGUGGAGAAGGACAUGAGGAUCAAAGUUGGGGAUUUUGGGCUAUCGAGGCUUCUGGUGUUCGAGUCAUUGUCGUCGAAGUCGUCAGGGUACGUAUGGACGGGGCCGCAGGGAACGCCGGGGUACUUGGAUCCAGAGUACCAUAGAUCGUUCAGAUUGACGGAAAAGAGUGAUGUGUACAGCUUUGGGGUGGUGCUGUUCGAGCUGAUAUCAGGAAUGAAGGCAGUAGACCUGAGUAGGGAUAAGAGGGAAGUGUCCUUGGCGGAUAUGGUGGUUUUAAAGAUCCAGGUGGGAUCGCUGCAUCAGGUGGUGGACCCCUUUCUCCUCCCGGAAGGAGAUGAUGCCAUUCUCAUGGGUUCCGUCGAAGCCAUGGCGGAGCUUGCUUUCCGGUGUGUUGCCGCCGAUAAGGACGACCGGCCGGAUGCCAGGGAGCUGGUGACGGAGUUGAAGCGUAUUCGCAACCGUACACGUGGACAUUGAUUAUUGAUGUGGUU